AAUAAUCUCAUGACUUGUGUUUGGGGUGUAGAAUUACGCUUGUUGCCAUCACAAAUCGGGUCUCUGCUGGCACUUGGAAUUGAAUGACUUAAAGUUUCAGUUUGUAAUCAAACUUCCUCAACAAGCUCUCAUUCAACUUGAAGCCACUGUCUACGAUGCAAGAAUUCACAAUGGCUCGAACUUUUCUGUUGUUGAUCGUUGCUUUAACCACUGCUGAAGUAACAGUGGAAGCAGCUAGUGUCAGCACAAGCAUAGAAGCAGCCUUAUCGUCAAAUUCAACUCCAACAUCUAUCAUGCCAACUUCAUCAACAACAUCAGAAGGUGGCAGCCAAACCUUAUCAGCAGGUAAACUGCCAAAUUCAACUCCGACAUAUAUAAUGCCAAGUCAAUCAACAACAUCACAAGGUGGCAGCCCAACCUCAUCAGCGUGUACAACGAAAGCCCCAUCAUGUGAUACGACCAGAUGCUGCAUUGGAAGUAACGGUGCAUGGUCAGGAGUUAACUCUGCAGCAAAUAUCACAUACUUUUCUGGUUGCAGGAACCAAACACAAGAAUCUAUGUGCAAAGAUGUCUGCAACAACGACCAGUGCAGUAGAGGCGCUGAACUGCAAGUUUCUGUCACAGCCGUCCUCUUGGUGGCUAUUGCUUUCUGGUGGAUGACAUGGCACCAACGCUAAGCAAGAGCUGAAGAGCUACUUUUAAAUACUUUUAAGUGUUGUUUUACUGAUUCAGAAUUUGGUUAGAAAGCAUCGUUACAUGCUCAUAGUUUGCAAGAUUCGAUUAGAUUAAGUUUCAAUUAGUUUUAGGCAAGAUUAAGAUCGUUUCUGGGUGGCUGCGGUGGCGUGGCCCAGACUAAGAAAAGAGGGGAGUCGAAAGAGAUAUCACGCGUCUUCCCAGUUACUCAGCGAUGCCUCUGUUGUUCCGCGGUAGUGGAUUACAUUUGUAGCUAAGUCGAUGUUGACCUCGUUGCGUUCCAAACUUCGGUAACAGGGUUAAAAAAAUAAGAAGCCGAGUAUAGAUUAGAGGAGGUUCUCUUUCUGGAAAAGAGGCAAACACACAAUGGCAGCCAGGAUAGUCCUUGCAAAUGAGAGCAGGGUGAUGAAAUUGCAAAUGUGCCCCCCCUCCCCCCUAACCUUUACAGAGCGUUAUCCGACCUUUGUUUACAAACAAAUCUCAGUGCUUGUUUCUUGUUUGCAUUUGUUUUUAUGAAAGUCACUAGUUUCCGUUCCUCAAUGCUGUAACAAGGGGAACGGUGUUUGCAGUGCACAACGACACAUUUUUUUAUACAUUCGUUACUUUUGAUGUUAAGUACAAGUAUCUCUAACUUA